CCUUGCUAGUUUUAAUGAAAAGAAUGGCACUGGUGUUUCGUUAAAGUGAUACAAUUAGAAACGGAAUAAUUUGCCCAAAGAGAUAAUACCUUUAUGCCUUGGUCUGUUUGCAACCCCCAAAAUCCGAAUAGGGGUCUCCAAUUCAUAUGCUAAAUUUUAAGAACCUCCGGUUUUAUUUAGUGACGUAUAUAAAUCCCAGAAUCGUUAGAAAUCGUAACAUGAGCGGACAGCUUCCAGAAGAUAGUUGGUUGACACUAUGGCUAUAUCUACAGUUAGUUGCCAGAUCCGGCAGGUUGACGCACGGCCAGUUUUCACCAUAGACAGAAUCCUUGGGUUGGACUUGGACAGGCAAGAACUACGCAAUGUGUCCCUGAAGCUGUAUCGACCAUGGACAGAGUUGGAAACAACCCAACAGAGAAGUCACAUUACAGUAAAAGGAUCAUCGAAGUCUUCGUCGGAGAUUAAGAGAAAAGAAGAGGAACAUAAACUCAACUGUAAACACUUUACAGAGUCCCACAGGAGAACAUUGAAUUGGUACAUCGGGCGCAGGCCGCGGACGGCAUUCAGUAGUGCGCAGAUUGAGGGACUGGAGAGUGUGUUCCUCAUCAACUCCUACCCGGGUAUUGGCAUCAGAGAAGAAUUGGCACAGAGACUGCAACUAGAGGACAGAAUACAGAUUUGGUCCAGAACCGCAGGGCCAAGCUGAAACGUUCUCACAGAGAGUCACAGUUCCUCAUGUCUCCUCCUGCCCCAGGCUGAUAACCUCUCCUCAUCCUCCAGAUGGUGAAGCAUGAUUCAUCACUCCAGAGAACGCGUUUCCACUGCUCCAAUGCUGGCAAGCUUUACACCACUCCAGCCGACGCUUGAAAUUGCGGAUGGUGAUCUAGCCUUGUGUGUGGCAGCUUGGCCAUGGAAACCCAUUUUAUGAAGCUCCAGGCGAACAGUUAUUGUGCUGACAUGGCUUACAGAGGCAGUUUGGAACAUUGUAGUAAGUGUUGCAACCGAGGACAGAAAUAGCCGAAUCCACUAGUUUGAGGGGGUGUCCACAUACUUGGGUAUAUAUAGUCUAUCUAAUCACACACAGACCUGCUAUAUAUAUAUAUAUACACACACACACGGUUUCCUAGGAUUGAGUGUGCUAUAAAUAACAGGGAGGAGAAGGGGAGGAAUAGGAGGAGAAGAAGAAGAGGAAAGGGACACACACAGACACCUCAUGCUCUUGCAAGGCAAACGUUGGCUACUUUGAAGAAUCUAAAUUAUAAAAUAUAUUUUGAUUUGUUUAACACUUUUUGGUUACUACAUUAUUCCAUAUGUGUAAUUUAAUAGUUUUGAUCUCUUCACUAUUAUUCUACAGUGUAGAAAAUAGUCCAAAUAAAGAAAAACCCUUGAAUGAG